UUUAUGGCAGCCCAACAGGAAAAAUUAAAAACUGCUCCAUUUUAUGCCCAGGAUAGUUGACAUUUUAUUAUUUUAUGUUAGGAAAAUAUAUCAGAUUUUGAAAAUUAAAUAAAUCUAUAGAAAUUAAUGUUCAUAAUAUCAAGAAACGGCAUCGAUGUCUCCUAGUAGUUCUUCUGAUUACCCAUCAACGACAUGCUAAAUAAAGUCAGGUUAGGUAGUGUGGAGUAGUUCAACCUUGGGACGUUUGUUUUGAAUUUAUGUGCCAUUUAAAAAACCAAUAACUCCAGUUUGAUCGGAUGUUAUGGCAGACCUUCUAUUAAAUAAGCUUGUAAACGGUCAAAUAUCUUCGGAAGUGUUGAGCAAGUGGCUGUUACAUACUGAACCCGAGGGACAAGAGGAGUUUAAAGAGAUUGAGGACACCAAAGUGAGCCAGUUGCGUUUCGUAACUUGUUUUCUAAAUUUUGUGCACGAUCAAGCGCCUAGUGAUAGUGCACUGUCAGCGACUCCUCAGAAACUGCACAAUCCAAAAACAGCUGAAAAAAAAGCCUCAUAUGGAACUCCAGAUUCCACUCGGCCUUUUAAAACUGCCUUAUUUCCUCCCCAUCAUGCUCAGAGGCAGACCCCAGGCACCAACAGCAACUCUGAUUACCAAAAUGGGAACCACAUAAGUACUUCGAAGAAUAAGAACACUUUUAGUCCAAUUUCUCCACUUUCUGCCUCAAGGAAAAAUAAUAGUAGCUUCACUGACCGAACGACGCAAGAUAGAUACAAAUUUUCGCUCGAAGAUUUUCGAGUGAAAACCCCGAAAAGUUCCUCAAAAAAGAAAAAAAAAAGUGAGGUAGUUGAAAACCGGGGAAGCGAAGCGUCCCGUCGAAUAAAGCCGACAAACAUCUGCCCGAGGGAGAGUAACAAAGAUGCUUUUCAGAAGAAUGGCAACAGUUUUAGCUUUGAAAAUAGUUCUCAGGAACUUGCAGCUGGAACUGCAACGGAACAAAGAGCAGUACUUGCUGAAGAAAAGGCAAACAUUGUGCUUCGCAGGGAAAGUUUUGAAGCGAAUUAUUGCCGCCCUGCAUUGCACAAAAGACAGUGCAGCCCUUCUAAAGUGGAAACUCCCAUAUUGGAAUUAGUUACUUAUAAGUCUCACUUGGAUAAUGUGAUUGAUAUUUAUAAAACCGUCUUAGAUCACCAGUUAACGUUGAAUAUUACCAGUGAAAUCUACUUUCUUAUCUCGCUAUUUUUAAUUAAGCAGCAGGAUCAAAGUAAGUUUUGCGAAGCAAAUAAUUCAAGAGUAACAAAGAACAGUGAAUUGGACGAUCUUAAUCUGGGAGUUAAUCCAUUGGAUUCCAAUGACGAUUGCUUUAAACACAUAGGAAACACUAGCAGUGAUAAAUUAUUCAUAUACAAUUCGCAAAUUUUCGAGUCAGUACACAAUCUGGUUUACUUUGCAAUAACAGCUUUGGAAACGCAAACUAAAGUAAUUCAGCUUUAUGAUAAAGCAACCAUUAGAUUACUAGCUGAGAAUGACCGAGUUAAGGAGUUUGCGCCAGAUUUUGCCCAAAAGCUAAUUACAUACGCGGAAGAAAACUCCGAAAGUUCCUACACUGAAAGUACCUCGGAGGAUUCCCAGACGAACGUAUGCUUCAAUAUUGAUACAGAUAAUCAGGCAAUCUUCCCAGAUCAAAUCAGUUUCCAUGCGUUUCGAAAGCAGCGCGAUUUGUUCUACGAAAUACUUCGAAUUUGGGAAAUCCAUCACUUGACGGCUGACUGGAAUUUUGCUAAUGGGCUUGGCGGGAAAAUUAACGCAUUGUUCGGGCUACACAAUGGAUCUGCAAACUUAAUGCAUUUGGCCAGGUUGUUUAAGAACCAAUUGUUGAGCAGUUGUGCUAAAGGCCCAAAAGAAAAGGGCUUAUCUGAGAACGGUGUUGCGUUCAUUUCUUCAUUGAGAAUCGAUGCAGACAAGUUAAAUCGUCUGACGAACCGAUUAGUCACUAAGCAAGCGACAAAUGGGAUUAAUGCGUUACCAACAUUUACAGGGUAUCAGGAUUUUUUCAAGGAGUUUAUGGAUUUUUCUGUGAAGUGUCAAUUUGGGAUGCAUCUGCGGGAUUGCUUGAUUUUUGGGAUUUUGGAGUUGAAUGGUACCGACUUUUCUGGGGUGGGACUAGACGAAGAAGGAAAUGAAGUGGAUGUAAAUGCAAGAAAUUUAUACGCAAACUGUAUCAGAAACUUACGAGUUUUGGCAAAGUUUUUGGGCUAUCUUGAGACUCUGCCGUACAAAGCAGAUGCUCGCAAACUGUCAAGAAGCUUGGUUGAAGCUCAGAUUGAGAUCAGACAACAGAUCAGGCCAGCUUUAGACGUAAAGUCCCUUUUGGAAUCUGCAAUUGAAAAACGCACGGUAGUUUUGAUCGUUCCAUGGCUCACAAAGUAUCUGGCAAUGCUCGAUUAUGUAACGCUUCGCCUGCCCUACUACAAGGCUUUAAAUGUGCGGCUUUUUCGCCUGUAUCAGAACUGUGAAGGUUCAGAAACACCACACUGUAAUGUUGCUGUGGUGAAGUUCUGCCUGGGCUGGCUGUUUGAGAUGCCCCAUUUUCCUGCCACUGAAUACUUACAGUUUUGCUCUGAGAUACCUGCAGGCGUGCAGAACUUGAGCAACGGCAAAAGUGCAACCGGCAAAUGUCUAGAUUGCAUGGGAAUUAUGAACAGAAGGUUGCUGUAUCUGUGCUGCCCCUAUUUGGAUGAAAUGAAGAAAAUUCUCGCUAGUAACGCGCCUGGGAGUAAAAUUGCUGUAAAAUAUAUUACUCCAGUGACUGCUGUGGCGUCGGAUACAGAAACGUCCAGGAAAAAACUGGAGCAACAAUUAGAAGAUGCUUUCUUCAGUGGCCAACCAUCGUCGUUGAAGAGAACUGUUGAAUUUGUAAGCGAAAGAGUAGCUUCAACUGCUAUUAAGUUUAUUUGCCAAGAGCUAGUUCCUUUGGCUAAAGCCGAAGCAAAUACGGAGUGGAAAGACUAUUUGAAUUCAGUUAAAACUACUGAAGCACAUAGUGAUCACGCACAAACAAAGAAAGUCUGGCAAGCUCAAGUGAUUCCAGUAGCGCAAAAGCAUUUAAGCAAGUUAUUGCCAAAUUGCGAUCAGGAAGCGCAGAAAUUGAUGGACAUUAAAAUCGCCAAAUCGCUGGACGGGUUACUACCCGUGGAUGCUUUGGAAGGCACUAAGCAGAUUUGUGUAACAGUUACAAAAAAAAUGUGCACAGAACGAGUGAAGCAAUGGAUGGUUGGGCAUGUUAGUUUGGCGCUGUUUACUAAGGAUUUUGAAUCCGAUAUUUUAAAGAUGUUUUUAAGUGGACGACGCAAAGAUAAAGAGAAAUCAUCAUUUUUGUUGCCCCAGGGAGGUAGAGAUUGUUCGCAUAACGAAACUGCUAUUAGUGGAUUUCACACUGUAAACAACCUCAGAGAAUAUUGUUGCAAAGUAAUGGAAAACUGCGACAUAACGGCAAAAUUGGUUGCGAAACUUUUAAACGAUACUUAUGAAUCUCUGACUCAAAGAAACGACUUGAACGACAAUUUAAUCGUGACUUUAUGUGCAAUUCUGCUCGAUUUCUAUAUAUUAUUGGUGGCCAAAUAUCCGUCGAUAUUUGCUCAAAAGGACUUGCUGGCUGAAUUCACACGAAUUUGGGCUCUACACCCCAAAUCUGCCGUAAGUUUCAAAACUCUGUUGGCUCCUCGAAACGUCCACAUUCUACAAGGUUCGAAAAACACCGAAGAAUCCUGGAGUUUAUAUGCUAGACUUGUGUCUUCUUUGUUAAAUAACAAAUUUGUUGAUCUGGAUGAUUUAGAAUCUCAAUGCACAGGAUUUUACAAUAAGGAUUGGGAUGCGGGGACUUUGAAUAGUUACUCACAUUUCCUUAAGACGCUUGUAAGUUUCAGCAGCGGCGAGGGUAAGGAAAAGUUCGUUUUUCUUUUAAAUUUCCUGUCUGAUUUUUGUUCAGAUUUGUAAUGUUAUUUUAAUCCCAUCAUUAAGUAAAAUUAAGUUUUAUUUGUUUCGACUUUUGUGAUACUUAUAUUAUAAUCUGCAUUUUAACUUUUCGAAUAAAGACCAUGUAUUUUAAACUA